AAUAGACUGAGGCCACACGGAAGAGAUCUGUCUAACAGAACAGGUGAUAUCGGGAGGUGUUACUGUUUCAGCGGGAUAAUCUCGCUAACUGUGCAUUAUAUUACUUUCAGUACCUUUUUUAGUUAAAGAGGCCUCGCUGGCCUCCACACUCACGUCUGGUGCAUCGCGUUGCGACGACUGUAUAGCUGCAGGAAAUGGUGAACAGGAAAAAACGGCUCUGAAGGCGCCUGUCUAUAGCAGUGAAUACAAGCUUGGAGACAACGAGGCAGAUGGAAACCGAGUCAAACAGCGGAGGAUCAUGUAUACUUAGCUAGCAAAAAAAUAAAUAAACGCAUAAUCCUAUCGCCCUUCUACUAACGGAAUAUUCUGUAGGCCAACCUCACUCGCUUCUGGUAGGAUUUGAGUAUUUAGUAUCGUACAUGCACGGUCCAAUGUCGUGGAACAGCUUUACAAAAGUGGAGGUAGCACAACCACAAACUUCAUUCGGUUCAAUAAAAGCACAGAUAGAGAUCAUACCGUGUAAAGUAUGUGGAGACAAAUCAUCUGGGGUACAUUAUGGUGUGAUCACGUGUGAAGGUUGCAAGGGCUUCUUCAGAAGAAGUCAGUCGAGUGUGGUGAACUACCAAUGUCCCAGGCAAAAAAACUGUGUAGUAGACCGGGUGAAUCGAAAUAGAUGCCAGUACUGCAGACUACAAAAGUGUUUAGCUCUAGGAAUGUCAAGAGAUGCUGUCAAGUUUGGAAGAAUGUCCAAGAAACAGAGAGAAAAGGUAGAAGAUGAAGUUAGAUUUCAUAGAGCCCAACUAGUCCGUCCUCCAUCUCAACAACAAGGACCUCCACAACAACACCCAGCACCACCACAAACCACAGAGACAUCGCCAGAUAGUUCCGUCUUUGACCAACAGCAGCCGUCCUCAUCUAAUCAGCAUCUACCCUACAUCAAUGGAGGGUAUGCCUAUAAUGGAGACCACAGUACCUUUACACCAAAUGGUUAUGCUUAUACUCCCCAAGCCAUGACUUUUGACUUGGCUGGAACAGAUUUUGUAGACAGUACAACUUUUGAUCAACGACAACAGUUAGAAACACCUUUACCAGAUACCAAUAGGCUCCUCACAACUACAAUCCAGACUACUACAAUAUCAAACAAUUCCCAUUUAGAUUUACUAGCCAAGACUAUUGCUAAUGCACACAACCGUACUUGUUUGUACACCACAGACCAGAUUACAGACCUUAUGAGAAAACCCCAAGAUAUCUCACUGCUUUUAUAUUAUAAAAACAUGGCACAAGAUGAACUAUGGUUGGACUGUGCACAAAGAUUAACAGCAAUUGUCCAGCAGAUUAUAGAGUUUGCCAAGAUGGUUCCAGGUUUUAUGAAACUAUCACAAGAUGAUCAGAUUGUGUUACUGAAAGCUGGAAGUUUUGAACUCGUUUUAUUAAGGAUGAGUAGGUACUUUGACUUAAACACUGGUUCAGUUUUAUAUGGAGAGAAUCUUUUAUCAGUUGAAUCAUUCAUGACAUCUGAUACAACUGAAAUGAAGCUUGUCAGCACUAGUUUUGACUUUGCAAAGAGUGUAGCAGAGCUCAAGUUGACUGAAACAGAGCUAGCCUUGUUUUCUGCGUUUGUUUUGCUUUCUCCUGAUCGUGCUGGUCUUAAAGAAGUACUUGAUAUUCAACGUCUCAAUCAAGCCAUCUUAAAGUCACUGAGAUUUGAGCUGGACCGCACACACAAGCUACCUUACAAGGGGGAUGUCAGUGUAUUGGAUUCUCUCCUGGCCAAAAUUCCGACUCUCAGAGAAAUGAACAUACUGCAUAUGGAUGCCUUAGCAAAGUUUAAACAGAGUUAUCCACACCAAGAAUUCCCUGCUUUGCAUAAAGAGCUUUUCCCAGUUGAUAUCUAACCAUCAUUUCCUGUUUCUCUUUGACUGACUGUCAUGGCUAAUCUAAUUGAUACCCAAGACCUAAAAGCUCUUGAAUUAAAAGGCCAGUUGGAACAGACAGCACUUUGAACUAACUGUCUAUACCAAGAAGGGGUUAAGCCUAUCUAUGUCAGCAUUAAACUGUAGAGAAGAUCAUUCCUAAACCUUUUGAGUUCUCCCUCUGUUGGAUGUGGAGAGAACUUUUAACUUGGACUCAACUAUAGGUAGAAUGGAGGUGUAAACUGAAAGUGAGCUUCAAUAUCUACACUUCUAAGAAAAAAAAAACUUGUUUGUUAGGAAGUGUGAUAUAUAUUAAGGUUUGAUGGAAAUCUUCUCUGAAUAAGAUGUUAAGUUUAUGGAAUGAGAUAUUGUAUUAGAAAUGUAUAACAUGUAAAUUAUAGUUAGAUGAUUUUUGAAAUACGUUUAUGGAUGCAGCCAAACCUACACAAACUUUUCACCAAGGAACCAUAGUGGCCACAGAGGCAGAAAGUUGUGUUUCCUCAGAUUGUUACAUAGAGCAAGAUACUGCCACAAUAGUUUCUCAUGUGGGGGUGGACUGGUAGAUCUUAGACAACACAUUCAGCUCACUUAUUUAUGAUGCACACAUUCAUUAUUAAUGUUGUUUGUAAAUUGUUUUAUAAAGUUUACCUUAAGUUUUGAAGACUUACUUUAAAUCUCGUACUCAUCUUCAUCAUCAUCAGGUACUUGUAUGGCCCCUUGUAUCUUGGUUUGAAGUGGGAACACCAAGGGGUUUUUAGCUGUAGCUCAGGGCACACCUGAUUAAACAUUGUAUCUGCUUACAGAUUAAAAUAUUGAAUGUUGUUUACAAAUCCUCAGGGGAUCUCAAAUUAUUUUUCAUUUUAUCACUUAUCAGAAUAAUCUGCUGUGCUCUUGUACUCAGUUCUGUAAUAAAGUUGUUUGGGAGUACUGCAGUUUUUAUGAGAGAAAAAAAGAAGAGGGUUCUUCCAUUAGGGCAAACGGAUGCACUGUACGACAGAAAGGUUAUUUGCUUCCUUACCACAACUAAAUUAUAUUUUACAUAGAUGAAGCCACAAAAGGGUUCAUAGAUUGUUAAAAAAUAAAGUUGUCCCAAGAGGACAAGGAAAAGAAUGUCGUAGGAAAGGAAUAGUGUCUACCUCGCAUCUGGGUUGAGAGCAGCAUUAUAGUGCAAUCACUGCCACUUCCUGCUUCAUUUCCACAACUUCUAUUAAUUAAGUUGUGAGUAACUUUCAGAUUAUGGUCAAGGAUAUUUUCCAUGAGUCCAUACUGUUUUGGAGUAACCUAGUUGGCAUGGUCAGUUAUUUAUUACAGCCUUCUGAACUGUGCAUAGUAGGGUAGUUUUACAUCUAUCCCAUAUAAAUAUUACUUUGACCACUAGUGUGAUACAGGCGUUGAACAUAAGACAUAUUUUUGUAGAGUUUUAAUGGUCAGAUUUUAAAGGUAUCUUGUUAUUUGUUGCUGGUGAGAGACUUUUUACUUGAGUUGUCCACAGGCACCUGGAAAGUUUGUGAUCCACUGCUUGAGCUUUGCAGGUGCUUGUGUUAAGUAUGUAGCAACUUAUUAAAUGGUUAUUGUCAGGUUAUAGCCAUGGCUGGGUGACGGUGUUAUUAAUGUUGUUUCCAUUAAUAAGAAUGAACUGCCCUAUUAAUGUAUAUUUUGUGUAAAUUCUCUUUUUUUGCAUUCGUCCACAUUUUAACUGGUAUUUUAUUAUUUCAUGUUUCCGUUUUGACAUUUAAGCAUUUUUAAGCACCUACAUACACUGCAGUAAAUUUUUUAUUUGAAUAUUAUUACAAAUUUUUAAUACUACAGUGCAACAUAUCUGAAAUUAUACUCCAAAAAAUUUUUCUGCACCUGCAUAAACAAGUGGAUGAUUACCUAUAGGAAGUAAUUAAGAUUAGGCUUCAGAAAAAGGUAACCAGGAUAACGAUGAACAAAUUUGUUUUGUACAUAACUCUUCAUGGGAAGAUGAGCUUUCCAAUUACUACACAGUGGAAUAUAUAGCCCAGAUUAAAAAUCUUUAAUUCAGUUUUCUUUUAAAGCUAAUACUGUAUUGUUAUAAUUACAAUAUUUUCAUGGAAGCCAUCAUGGUGGAAAAAAUUGAAGAAAAAAAUUAUCAAAUGUAACAUAAAUAAAAUUUUGAUGGUAAUGGGAAAUAUUAUAUCUGACUGUUUUGUAAGAAACCUUCAAGAUGACAUAUUUGUAGUCACUUAUAGGUUGUAGAAAGUACAAACUACAUUCUUCAGGCUACUUAUAUUAAGGAGUAUGGGAGGUUCCCACAGAGGGCGCAGUGAAAUAGAGAAAUACAGGACAGAGAUUAGCUACGUGCCUUCAUGCCCGUUUAUAGCAUAGAAAGACUUUUGACGUUAUUCAUUCUAGUGCCAAUAUCUUUUUACAAUUUAAGUAAUUAUUUGCUGUUUGUAAUUACAGUGAAAAACACUGAAUUUUAUUAUCAUAGCUUGUGAAGUAAUUGGUAAAUGACAGUUUGUUUUAAGCAAGAAUUUCACGUAUAUGUAUAAAAAAAAAUUAAUACACUGAACCCACUGUGGGAUUACCCGAAUGUAGCUCAAUUUGAAUACUGACUUCAUCAUUGCCAUGAAACUAACAAAUGUGUUUAUUAACUUGAAUAUACUUGGGUGGACUUUUUUUUUUAUGUUUGAUGGUUUGAUCUGUUCUGUCCUUCAUUGGGGGCUUCACCAGAAAUGGAAUAUGAAAUAAAAUCGUUAUAAGAAGAUUACUGAAUCCCUG